AACACACACAGAGAUUGAAUUUUUUGCUGAAUUUUCAAGAAUAUUAAACAGAGCAUAACGAAGAACAGCUAAUAUACCCCAAAAUACACACACCCAGAUCGAUUUUUCAGCUGAACUUUCAAGUGAAAUGAUGAACAACACUUAUUCACCCAUAAGAGAAACUGCCCAAGAAGGAACAGAAUCCUAUUUUCACGAAGAACCCUCUUCAAUUUGGUGCGCCUGUUUCAGAUUCCCCUGUUUCCCAUCAACCCAAAAAGAAGGAGAAGCAAAUUCUCUGCUCCAAGAAAGAGAAAACAGAGAUUCAUGGAUAGUGAAAAAUAUGAAGGAAUUGAAAGAGUAUUCUGAACUUGUAGCUGGACCCAAAUGGAAGAAUUUGGUAAGGAAGAUCGGAAAAUACUGUAAUCCUAAGAAAUCUUCAGCUAACACGACGCAGUUUCAGUAUGAUUCAGAUAGUUAUGCUCUCAAUUUCGACAAUGGCGGUGGUGAUGUUAGGGAUGAUGAUGAUGGGCUUUUACGUAAUUUCUCAUCUCGAUUUGCUGCUCCUUUUUCUGGUUUUGUUGCUAAUAAUAAUCCCAAUAAAAAUGCUGGUUUGUGAUAA